CGCAGAUACACCAGAGCCCCUCUUACUGUAGCGUGACUGUAAGGUGUACUGGAAGCUCUGCUCUGUGCUGACUGAUCAUUGGACUGAUUGCUGGACAUUUGAACUACGCUGCAGUCGUGAUGGGCAGAAACUGAAUGUAUAGAACAAAUUUUUUUCAGACUUUAGGCCAGAAUACAAACAACAACAGGAGCAUCUAAACCAGAAAGCUGCGGGACAACAGUCUGAUUUCAGAAAAGCAGAGUGACCAUGGACCCGAGGAACACCCAGUCCUAAAUUCAGCAGAGGCCACGCCCAUCAUGGAUGAACUGGAUGUCGGGGAAGAUGGCAGGAAAGAAUCACUGCUGCACCGACCGGGCUUCCCUGAGGCGGACACCGCUCUGUUAUACCCCCCUCCUCUGUCCCCGGACCCAAUCAGCCCGCUGACUCACCUGGGGACGCUGCCGUCCGGACACGAUGCAGCGAGGACGGGUGGAUGGGACAGGAGACUGAACUCGGGGUUUCAAGGCUGUCAGUUACUGGGAGCAUCAGCAGAUCUAGGACGAGAAGCCCACGCAGACCAGAGUGUCACCAUCCUGCACGCCAAGGUCGCUCAGAAGUCCUACGGCAAUGAGAAAAGGUUCUUCUGCCCUCCUCCUUGUGUUUACAUCACUGGCCAUGGAUGGAAAGUCAUGCAGGACCAUUUAAAAGCGGCCGGUUAUGGCGACUCUGUGUAUCGAGUGUGUGGUUACAUGUGCCUGGACAGCUCCAGUCAGUCACAGGCAGACGCAUUCAAACUGGUGUUCGAUGAACAGCCAAACUCCAGGCAGAUGUUCGCCUGCGCCAAGUCGCUGUUCAUCUCUGAUCAGGACAAGAGGAAGCAUUUCUGCUUGCUGCUGCGCCUCUUCUUGGGCAACAGACAGGAAGUGGGUUCUUUCCAGAGCCGGAUGAUCAAAGUCAUCUCCAAACCCUCCCAGAAGAGACAGUCCAUGAAGAACGCUGAUCUGUGCAUCUCAUCCUGCUCCAGGGUGGCUUUGUUUAACCGUUUACGCUCUCAGACCGUCAGCACUCGUUACCUCUCGGUGGACAGAGGCGCUUUCAUAGCGAGCGCCAGACACUGGACGGCCUUCACCAUCACCAUGGUGGAUGACCAGUGUGCUGAUCAAGGGGGCUUUGUGCUGAGCGAAGGCUUCAUCUGUUACGGCUGUGUGGUCCAAUUAGUGUGCACCGAGUCUGGAGCAGCUCUGCCACCCAUGGUGAUCCGAAAGGUCAACAAGCAGCACGCCAUCUUAGACGUGGACGAGCCCGUUUCUCAGCUCCACAAGUGCGCCUUUCAGUUCAGAGACAACCCUCACGCCUAUCUGUGUCUAACCAACGACGCCAUCAUACAGUACCAGGCCCCGUUCAGCGUCAGAGAUCCCAGCAAAGUGGUGCUGAAUGACGGGUCCUGUUGGACCAUCAUCGGGGUGGAAGUCGUAGAGUUCACCUUCAAUCAGGGACUGGCUUGUAUCACGACACCAGUUAGCCCGUUUCCUGUUGUCACUGGGUUAGAGGUGAACGGUGGCGGACACGUCGCCAUGCUGGAAAUUCACGGAGAAAACUUCACUCCUCAUCUCAAAGUCUGGUUUGGCAACGGCGAAGCAGAGACCAUGUACAAGUCUCCCAAAUCUCUGCUCUGCGUCGUUCCUGAUGUUUCGGUUUUCAGCGACAGCUGGCGCUGUCUGCGGCGCGUCAUCACCGUCCCUCUGUCUCUCGUCCGACUGGAUGGACUGAUUUAUCGCACCUCCUACAAUUUCACCUACACGCCUGAGCUCCAGCCGCCCCCGUCGGCCCGAAUGACAGCCGGAGGAGGGAAGAGAGAAGGAGGGAUGGGUGGAGGACAAGACGAUGACAUCCUGUUGGAGACCAUCCAUCAGGAGUUCACCAGAGCCAAUUUUCACCUCUUCAUGCAGAGUUAACUCGUUUGUUUACAGGAAUCACAGAAAACAAAAAGUGUACAAAUAGCUGAACUGGAGACAGGUGUGACAUCAUAAUUACCUUCCUUCCAUCUGCUCUGCACAUUAAAAUUAAAGCGUUUUCUUCAAGCUCAGUAAGAGUUUUACAUGGAUACGAGUGCACAUGAAUGAAAACACUUUCCUCGGUCACGUGAGUGAAACUAACAUGAACUUUUCAUAUCUGUGAUUUCUAAUCGAGGCGUCAGCACAAAGCUCUUUGACAGAAAUUGUAUAUUUUAAAAGCCUUUAAUAGCUUUAGACAAGUGUUAACAGGAAACAGGAGAUGGGGAAAAAAAGAAUGGCUGACGCCCCAUGAUGUCACUGAUGUCUCUCUGUUGAAGCUUCCACGUAAGCAGUUCAACCUCAGUCUCACUAUUAUUUUGGAGCCAGAUGUGAUCACAACUGUUAAUCUGCUUACCUGCUAAUUAGUGAGAGACUAAUAAAAAAGAGACUUUUCAACACCAAAACCGAAGCACAGACUUAUUGGAUGUACAGCUGUGUUGAUCUCAGUGGAUCAGCAGUUUGAUGAAAACACGCUGGCAGGAAGAAGUCUUGGCAUUAAUAAAAAUAAAUCACUACAUCCUUGCAUAUGUGAGUUUAAGGAAAAUUAAUAUUUUUAUAUACAAUUCUUAGGUAAUAAAGGCAGCUAUUCAAAAUAAGAACAGAUAAAACCUGAGCUUUCAUCACAUCUGAAUAUUUUCAUGUGAUCAUUUAAAGAAGAUUAGCAGCAGCUGCCCACACAUCUGGCAGGUUCAGACAGAGACUGUAGGAUGACUUUGUGGUUUGUUGGAUUAAAGCUCCUGUGGAACAAAACAGCUGCGUUCUAAAACCAGGUGCUAAUAAAGCUUGACUCUAACCUUUGACCUCACUGACGGCAGGCCGAUAAAGAGACUUUCACCACAGAGUCUACGAAGGACACUGAACAUUAAACAUCACUUUAUCCUUGUCCAUUAAAAAAAUUAAUCUCUAAA